CGUUCGUUCACUCUCCAUAUCGUCGUUUUCUUCAACACCAAAUCUGCCUCUCCGCUUUGAACAACCUCCUCGUCUACGCGCCUGAUUAGUCUGCCGCAAGAAGCCGAGACUCUCGCUCCUUCACGCUCUAUAGCGCGUUAGCAUAACGGAUCGUGCCUAUGGCAUCGAAACGAAAGAAUGGCAGCCUUGCGUCAGGUUCUUCUACGCCAGCGAACAAACGAGCACGAGGAACCACGCCCGAGGACGAUGAAUACACUGUAGAUGCAAAUGUAGAGAGUGACUCGGACGAUGAUAAUAUUCGAAGGGCUGUGGAGAGAUGGGCGCCUAAGAAACAUGUCGCGCGUUCACAAGCAGAUGCUGCCUCACAUUUAUUCACCAAAAGCGAUCAGUUUGGGGCACAUUUGAAACCUGACCAUGAUCAAAGGCCACUCUGGGUAGAUCCGGAUGGCAGGAUCAUUCUCGAGAGUUUUUCUGAAAUGUUCAAAGAAGCGCAAACGUUCCUUAUCAAUAUUGCGGAACCUCAGUCUCGUGUGUCUCGAAUGCACGAAUAUAAUCUGACUACGCAUUCCCUCUUUGCAGCGGUAUCGGUCGGCCUUACCACCGAAGAUAUUAUACGAGACUUGGACAUGUUUAGCAAAGUGCCUUUGGAUCCAGAUCUAAUAAGUUUCAUACGACGAUCCACUGAGUCUUUCGGGAAAGCCCGACUUGUGCUUAAAAAUACCAAAUAUUUCAUUGAGAGCAGUGACCCUGCCGUGCUUCAACGUCUCCUCCAAGACCCCAUCAUUCGGAAAUGUCGCAUAGAUUCUGAGGCUGGGAUCCAGAAACAAGCUGCGCCUACUAUGGGUAAUUUGGCCAUUCCGGGCACUAAACUGGCCGCCGGAGCGAAUCAAGCAGUACAACCAGCCGACAAAGACAUCAUGGCAACUCUCCGAGAAGACGAUGACGAUGACGAUGAAGGGGUAGAUGAAGUACAUGCUUUUCAAAUCGCGGGAGAAGAUAGACAACAAGUCUCCAAGCAAUGUCGAGAAAUCGACCUUCCUUUAACAGAAGAAUAUGACUUUCGGAACGACGAGGCAAAUGCCAAUCUAGAGAUUGAUCUGAAACCAUCAUCACAGAUUCGACCGUAUCAGGAGCAGGCAUUGAACAAAAUGUUUGGAAAUGGCCGUGCAAGAUCUGGCAUCAUUGUCUUACCUUGUGGUGCUGGCAAAACUCUUGUUGGAAUCACAGCAGCAUGCACAGUCAAGAAGGGUGUUAUUGUGCUAUGUACGAGUGCGAUGUCUGUCGUCCAAUGGCGUGCAGAAUUUCUAAAGUGGUCCAACAUCAACCCGAACGAUAUUGCAGUUUUCACUGCUGAUAACAAAGAUAAAUUUCACGGUAACACUGGUAUUCUAAUUAGCACCUACAGUAUGAUUACACAAACAAAAGGGCGGUCUCACGAUUCCAAAAAAAUCAUGGACUUUAUUACUGAGCGUGAAUGGGGGCUCAUGCUACUGGAUGAGGUGCACGUCGUCCCAGCAGAUAUGUUCAAGCGUGUCACAUAUGGUGUCGCUACUCACUCAAAGCUUGGUUUGACAGCCACACUUCUACGUGAAGAUGAAAAGAUUGACGAUUUGAAUUUUCUCAUUGGUCCGAAGCUAUACGAAGCAAACUGGCAAGAGCUUUCCGAGCAGGGUCAUAUCGCAAAAGUCCAGUGUGCUGAAGUCUGGUGUCCAAUGACUACGGAGUUCUAUACCGAGUACCUGAAGGCCAAUACUGUCAACCGUAGGGCAUUGCUCUUCACAAUGAAUCCAAGGAAAUUCCAGGCGUGCCAGUUUCUUAUCGACUACCACGAGAAGCGUGGCGACAAGGUCAUUGUGUUCUCCGAUAAUGUAUACGCCCUCGAGAAGUACGCCCGAAAACUUGGCAAAGCAUAUAUUUACGGCGGAACACCUCAGCAAGAACGUCUGCGCAUCCUCGAGAAUUUUCAACACAACGAGCUUGUCAACACGGUCUUCCUCUCCAAAAUCGGCGAUACAUCACUCGAUCUUCCAGAAGCCACAUGUCUCAUCCAGAUCUCCUCGCACUACGGCUCCCGUCGUCAAGAAGCCCAACGCCUGGGCCGUAUCUUGCGAGCUAAGCGCCGUAAUGACGAAGGCUUCAAUGCUUUCUUCUACUCCUUAGUAUCGAAAGAUACGCAGGAGAUGUAUUAUUCGUCAAAGCGACAGGCUUUCCUGGUUGAUCAAGGCUAUGCGUUCAAGGUCAUCACCCAUCUCCAAGGCAUCGAAAACUUGCAGGGGCUUUCUUUCAAUAUACCACAAGAACGACGAGAAUUACUACAAGAAGUCUUGCUCCAAAACGAAUCACAGGCUGAGGCCGAGCAGAUUGAAGGAGACCUUUUCAGCAAUAAUUCGUCUCGGAAGGGCAAGAAGUCUGGCGUCAGGAGACAGGCUGGUAUGCUCAGCGAGCUGGCCGGUGGAAAGGACAUGGCCUAUGUUGAGUAUAAUGCGAGCCGAAACAAGCAAUUGAAGAAGAAGACUGCCACGAGCAACAAGUUCAUUAAAUCGCUGAAAAGAGACCAGCAGAAGCUCAGGCAGGCCAAGAAGGAUAUGCAAGAUUAAGUGGCUUAAUAGAUACCCAAUAUCAUCAGAGGAUAUAUCAAAAGACCUCGGCACCCGAACUCCUAUAGGCCGUGCUAAUACUUCUAUUUCUAUUCUAUAGUCUGGAACAUCAUCAGCAUAGAUAUUGCUGCUCUAUGCCUUAUCAAGGCCUAGUCUGCUCUUGUCAAGCCAUGCCACAAACAGGAGAUAGAUCACAUGAUCCUAACUCGACCCCUCUUCCGAGAUCGUAACAAGAAUACAGAUCAUACACA